GCGCAGACGUUCCCCCAGCAGGUAAACUCCACCAUGGCGGCGCGAGGCCAUGUGCAGGACCCCAACGACCGCAGACUCAGACCCAUCUACGAUUAUCUGGACAAUGGCAACAACAAGAUGGCCAUCCAGCAGGCGGACAAGCUGCUGAAGAAGCACAAAGACCUGCACUGUGCCAAGGUGCUGAAGGCCAUCGGCCUGCAGAGGACCGGGAAGCAGGAUGAAGCCUUCGCUCUGGCUCAGGAAGUCGCCACUCUGGAGCCGACCGACGACAACUCGCUGCAGGCGCUCACCAUCCUGUACAGGGAGAUGCACCGCCCGGAGCUGGUGACCAAGCUGUACGAGGCGGCGGUGAAGAAGGUCCCGCUGAGCGAGGAGUACCACUCCCACCUCUUCAUGGCGUACGCCCGGGUGGGCGAGUACAAGAAGAUGCAGCAGGCCGGCAUGGCGCUGUACAAGAUCGUCCCCAAGAACCCAUACUACUUCUGGUCCGUCAUGAGCCUGGUGAUGCAGGCCAUCUCGGCUCAGGACGAGAAGCUGGCUCAGACCAUGUUCCUGCCGCUGGCCGAGCGGAUGGUGGAGAAGAUGGUGAAGGAGGAGAAGAUCGAGGCGGAGGCCGAGGUGCAGCUGUACUUCAUGAUCCUGGAGCGUCUGGGGAAGUGCGAGGAGGCGCUGGACGUGAUCCGGGGUCCGCUGGGAGAGAAGCUGACCAGCGAGCUGCAGAGCCGGGAGAGCAAGUGCAUGAGGCUGUACCAGCGGCUGCAGCGCUGGCCCGAGUGCAACGCCCUGGCCCACAAGCUGCUGCUCAAGAACCCCGACGACUGGCAGUUCUACCCCUCCUACUUCGACUCGCUCUUCCACCUGAUGGACCAGGCCUGGAGUCCGCCGGAGGACGGCCAGCACUGUCCGGAGGGCGCGGUCCAUCACACCGUGGCGGAGGUUGUGCGGUUCGUGGAGGACCGGAUCGAAGGCGAGGAGGGGAAGGAGUCUCGCUCCCUCAGAGGACCGUACCUGGCCCGCCUGGAGCUGAUGGACCGGCUGCGGCAGCGAGGCUGUCCUGAGGAGACGCAGCUGGGAGACCCUCUGGAGCUGAUGGUUCAGUUCUUCGGGAAGUUCGGGGACAAGCCGUGCUGCAUCACCGACCUGAAGCUGUAUCUCCACCUGCUGCCGCCCGACCAGCACGUCCAGUUCAUCAACCGCCUGAGCGAGGCGCUUCCGCUGGGCGAGCCGGCAGACGGCGGCCUGCGUUUCCCCGCCGACACCAAGGCGCUGCAGAGACACCUGUGCGUGUGUCAGCUGAGCCGGGCGCUGGGGCUGCACCACGCCCUGCCGCCGGACGCCAAGCUGCGGCUCGUCGCCGAGCUCAAGGCGCACUACCGCCACGGGCUCCAGUUCGGUAAAAACGCUCUGAAGACGGAGCUGCAGUUCUCCGACAUGUACUGUCUGAUGGCGGCGCACGUCUACGUCGACCUGUGGACCGAGACGGGGGACGAGGACAUGGCGUGGCAGAGCCUGGGCCUCCUGCAGGAGGGUUUGUCCCACAGUCCCUCCAACGCUCAGUUCAAGCUGCUGCUGCUGCUGCUGUACUGCCGGCUGGGCGCCUUCGAGCCCGUGGUCGACCUCUACUCCAGCCUGGACGCCAAGCACGUGCAGCACGACACCAUCGGGUUCCUGCUGACUCGCUACGCCGAGUCUCUGGGUCACUUCGCCGCCGCCUCCCAGUCCUGCAACUUCUCCCUCAGGUUUUUCCACUCCAACCAGAAAGAUACCUCAGAGUACAUCAUCCAGGCGUACAAGUACGGCGCCUUCGAGAAAAUCCCAGAGUUCAUAGCGCUGAGGAACAGGUUGAAUCAGUCCCUGCAUUUCGCUCAAGUCCGCACCGAGAGGAUGCUGCUGGACCUGUUCCUGGAGGCGGACAUAGUUUUGAGUCUGGAGGAAAGCGUGAAGGCCAUGUCUCUGUCCGCAGAGGAGGACGACGUCCCCUGGGACAGCAUGAGGGACAACCGAGACCUGACGGUGUUCACCAGCUGGGACCCCAAAGACAGGCAGCUGACGGAGGAGCAGCGCCGCCGGUCCCUGGAGGAGGAGGCGGCGUGGCUGCGGAUCCGCUCGCUCACGCUGCGCCUGCUGGCCUGCCUGCCGGCGCUGGGACGCCCGCCGCCGCCGCCGCAGAACUCGGACGUCAGCAACCAGAACGGCGUGUCGGAGAAGAGCUCGCUGCUCGGCGGCCUGCUGAAGCAGCUGGGCCAGACGCUGCAGGCGGCGGCGCAGGCGGCGGAGAAGCACGUACAGUACCCCUUCCUGGGCCCCCCCUCCACCCGCCUGGCGGCGGCGCUGUCCAGCGGCUGCUGCCAGUGCCAGGCGGCGGCGCUGCACCUGUCCGUUCACCUGCAGGAGCUGGAGGCGGCCGGACUGGACGAGUCGGCGGAGCUGCAGACGCAGAUCUGCAACACCUUCAAAUCUUUAGUAGUUCAGCUUCAAGAAAUCCUGAAUAAGAGCAAAGGGGAUUUAUUGGAAAUGACCGGGAGCAAGUUAAAAACGCGGCCCUCCUUAUUAGAAAACCUGGUCUUCUUCGUGGAGACGAUGUGCAUAGUGCUGUGGGUGGCUAGCUACUGCGCCAAGAUCCUGCGGCCGCUGAAGACCAGCCUACAGAAGAAGAAGAAGAAGAAAAAGGACGCCAACACGGCGCUGCCGGUGGUGGUCUGUGGUUUCCAGGAGUUGACGUCCAGCCUGCAGGAUCUGCUCUCGGAGGCGCUGGAGCACAUCAAGGGUCAGGAGACGACGGUGACGGCGCUGAAGCUGGCGGCCCUGACCCUGGAGGGACACACACAGGAGGAGGCGGGGUUCGUGCGGAGCGCCAUGGACAAGGUGCAGAGCAGCUACCUGCGCUCGCUGCAGGAAGUCGGCGAUCUUCUGAAGAAACGAUCGGAAACGAUAAAGACCCUCAAAAUCUGAGCCCCCCCCCCCCCCCGCUCCCCCCUCCCCUCCCCCACCCUGCAUUCAGAUGACUAAUGACCCCGCCCGCCUCCACCCGCCAGCCCCGCCCCUCCCUCCUCUCACUCUCCAGUCCAAUCAUGAAUGAAGCUCCACCGCGCUCCUUUUAAAAUAAAUAUAUAAAUAUAUCCGGAUCAGCCGGGGGGGGUGGGGGGGGUUAGCAGUUUUAGAUCAGCUGAUGUUCAUAAACGGUUGUAAAUAUCCACGAGCGCCGCCCGCUCCGCCGCCACGAGCUGUUUAGUUUUCCGAGGCCGAGGAGGGAAGCGUCCCGCCGACGUGCUGCUGCUGCUGCUUCCACCCGAACGAGGACCCCACGUCUCCGCCGCCCCGCCGCUCCACCGCUCCACCGCCUCCUCUCCGCUUCCUCUCCCCCUGGUGUGUGUGUCGUGUGUGUGUGUGUUGGAGUGGAGCGACCGGAGCGUCCGACAAGCGUCGCAGCGAAACAUUUUUAAAGGACCGAUUUCGUAUCAAAACUUGAGCUGGCGUGUUUUAACAGGAGGAGACAAACGAACUGUUCCGGGAGUCCAGGACGAAGGAGGAGGAGGAGGAGGAGGAGGAGGAGGAGGAGGAGGCCGCCGCUCGGCGGGGGAGGGGGAGGGGCGGGGGGGAGGAGGGGGUGAUUGUGACGUUGUGUAAAAUAUGAUUGACCCUCACCGGUAACAUGAGGCGACAUAAAAGCUGUCAACACUCCUGCAGCGUCCGGCCAUGUUCUUACUCACAGGCACGGUUUGUGAGCCACGGUGACCUCUGACCUCUGCUGGAGCGCACACUUUCCCUUCAGCUUCAUGGUGAGGACAGAAGGACGCAGCGCCACCCGGUGGCUCACAGCUCCCAGUUAGCUUUCCAACUUCACUGGACAAACGCAGGAAGUUCUGUUUUCACUAGAAAACCUGGUGUGAGAGCGGCCUCAGUUACAGCUGCUGCACACUAGGGGGCGCACUGCUCAGUUUCCAUCAGACUUCACCAUGGCAGGAGGAUUCCUGCACCCUCUCUGUUGGUUCAGAGUCCAUUUGAAACACUUGAAUGGUUUAGAUUAAAAAGAAUAAAACCUAUCGUACCUGCAGAGCACAAAACGGCAAAAAGAAGCUUUGUGACGGUGUGUGGAGAUGUGAAAAUCAGUGUGAAAGGAAUAAAGACUGUGAAGCUGCACUAAAGUCCGACUUCAUUCACACCCCAGGCUAAUUUGGCUUAAAGUUACUUUUAUUCAAUCAAUAUUUAUUGUUUUUGUUUUUUUGUUUUU